CCGUUACCUGAGACUGAGAUUUUGGAACAGAAACUUAGGGCAGAUCCAGAAGAGACUAAAAACAACAUCCUAGUUACUUGGCAUAUCACAAAACAAGAUGAUGAUGAAGGCUCAGGGCACAUGGACUGUGUUGCUACAGGGAUCGCUGACACUGAAGGAUGUGGCCGUGGACUUCACAUGGGAGGAGUGGCAGCUCCUGGACCCUGAUCAGAAGGAUCUGUACAGGGACGUGAUGCUGGAGAACUAUAGCAACCUGGUGUCCGUAGGGUAUCAAGUUAACAAACCUGAUAUACUCUCCAUGUUGGAACAAGGAGAACCACCAUGGACCUUAGAAGAUGAAGUUCACAGUCACCCCCAUCCAGAAAUUGAUAAAGUGGAUGAUCAUAUGCAGCCACACUGGCAAAACCAAAAUAUACUGAAGAGGUUGGAACAGUGUCAUGAACAGAAUGCAUUUGAGAAUAUUAUUUAUCAGAGCAAAAGUUGUUUUCCUUUGAGGCCAAAUCAUGAUGUAUUUGAUUUACAUGGGAAAACUUUGAAAUCAUAUUUAGAUGUAAUCAACCUGAGUACAAGCUGCAAAAAAAUGGAGCCUGCUGAGUUUAAUGGAGAUGGGAGAUCCUUUCUCCAUGCUGAUCAUGAGCAAACUCAUACUGAAAUUAAUCAUCGGGACAUACACAAAAUAGAGAACACCCACGAAUGUACUGAAUGUGGGAAAGCCUUCCUCAAGAAGUCUCGGCUCAAUGAACAUAAGAGAAUUCAUACAGGAAAGAAACCCCACAGAUGUAGUGUCUGUGGGAAAACCUUCUCCAAGAAGUUCAAGCUCACUGAACAUCAGCGAACUCACAAAGGGGAGAAACCCCAUGAGUGCCGUGAAUGUGGAAAAACCUUCCUCAGGAAAUUUCAGCUUACUGAACAUCAGAAGACUCAUACAGGAAAUAAACCCCAUGUAUGCAGUGUAUGUGGGAAAGCAUUCUACAGAAAGUUCAAGCUAACUGAACACCAGAGAACUCAUACAGGAGAGAAACCCUAUGAAUGUCCUGAAUGUGGCAAAGCCUUCUUUAGGAAGGCAGAGCUCGUUAUACAUCAGAGAAACAAAAGAGGAGAAAAACCCCAUGUAUGCAAUGAGUGUGGGAAAGGUUUCUCCAGAAAAUCACAGCUCAUUCUGCACCAGAAAAUUCAUACAGGAGAGAAAUCUUAUAUAUGCAGUGAAUGUGGAAAAGGUUUCAUACAGAAGGGCAAUCUUAUUAUACAUCAACGAACUCACACUGGAGAGAAACCCUAUGGAUGCACUGAAUGUGGUAAGGCCUUCAGCCAGAAGGCAUGCCUCAUAGCACAUCAGCGAUUUCAUACAGGAAAGGCUCCCUUUGUAUGUACUGACUGUGGAAAAUCUUGUUCACAGAAAUCAGGACUCAUUAAACAUCAGAGAAUUCACACAGGAGAGAAACCCUAUGCAUGCAGUGACUGUGGGAAAGCCUUCACUACAAAGACAAUGCUCAUUGUCCAUCAAAGAACUCACACGGGAGAGAGGCCCUAUGGAUGCAAUGAGUGUGGGAAAGCUUUCUCCCACAUGUCAUGCUUGGUUAAACAUAAGAGGACACACACAAGAGAGAAACAAGUAGAUUCAGUGAAGGUGGAAUAUCCUUCCACAAAGGGUCACAGCUUAUUAGAUACUAGUGAACUCAUGCAGGGGGAAAACACUGUUAAUAUGGUGACUGUGCAGAUGCCUUCUGCAACCCCUCAGACAUCAUUAAACAUCAGUGGGCUCCUAGCAGAUAGGAAUGUAGUCCUUAUGGAACAGCCAGAGGCCAGAGGUGCACCCUCAGGAGAUAACAGAGAGUUUGUGCAGGAGAGAAACUUCAUGAAUGCAAUGAAUGUGGUUAUGCCUUCAGUGGUCAAUUAUAUCUUAUUUUAUGUCACAAAAAACACAUAGGAAAAAACUGGUACAUUCUAUUUGGAAAAGCCUUGAGCAAUAAUGUAUAGCUGAUUAUAUGGUUAUGUAUAAAAAGCAAACCUAUGAAGGCAGAGGUUAGGAAAGCUGUGUUUUGGAAGAUAGACCCUAUUAUCAGUGAUUACCAAGGUCAUCAGUGAGCUUAUAGUGUGUAAAAAUAUGAGAGUGGUAAAGUCCUUCCCUCAAUAGGUGUCAUUACAUACUGGAGAGAAACUUGGAAGGCAGUGAAUGUGGCAGGGUUUUCUGCCCCAUCCAUUAGCUGAUGAAAUCAUAUACAAAUAAAACACUGUGAACACACUAAUUGUGGAAUAUCUUACUAAAGUUCUUGUGAAGCAAAGCCUGUGAAAAUGAGAAACAUUCGAGAGCUUUAUGUACCAAUUCCCACUUCAUAAUACAUUACACAAUAUACCUGAUGUACAUUUUUGGACAGGAAACCUUGAACAAUAUUCCUAGUUACUAUGCUUAUGAUUCCAUAAUUUUAAGGAGAAAGACAGUCUACCCCACAUCACUGGUUAAGGUUAUCAUGUUAUACUCAUUUCUCCUAAUUUUGGAUUCUUUUUCUUUUUUUAAAAAAAAAUUAUCUUCAAUGCCCACCCAAUAUAUGAUUAGCUGCUGCAUUUCUUAGGCUCUAAAUUUAUUUAAAUAUUAUUUCAGACAAUUGAAUUCCCUCACAACAGAAAUGAAUAUUAAAUUCAUAAAUAUAACUUAAUGUCCUUGGAUGAGCUUAAGUUCGAUUUAUAAAUAAGACUAAGCAUUAUACCAUAAAGGUCACUAUAAAUGUGAUUUUUAAAAUUUUCUAGACUUGAAAAGGUAGUGAAAUCAGGUUUGCAAAAUGAACUGAAAGCCCAAGGACAAUUAGUAAUUUAAACCUAUAAAUUAACUAACAAAAUACAUUCCAACAUAACUCUUGGUAGUUUUUUUCCUGAAAACAUGAAAAUAAAAUGGGCAAUUUGAACACAAAUUAAGAUGACUCUUCUUGCUUCCAUCCUAGCUCUCUCUUCUCUGAUUAUCCAAAUUAUUCUCAGAAUCCUGGGAAUAUGAAAAUCUAAACUGGAUAACUAUUCAGCUGCAUUCUUCCCUCUGGAGAUAGCUCCCUGCCCAACCCUUCCCUUUGCCUCAUUGAUGGAAUCGAUAUAGAUGUCAGGAAGAAUGUUGGGGUGGUUCCAUUUCCUCUCAACUAAGGGACUCUCGAGUCUUACAUGUUUGAGUGUCACAUGAGGAAGAGAAAAGUAGAUCAUCAUAGAAUCAACUGUGGCCUGGUAUCAUACUUCACAGAGCUGGAUCGACUGAAUCAGAUUGGGAAUAGGUCAAGGAGCUCUGGAAGUGUGGGCUCAAUCUGGUUCUAGACUGGAAUACUAUAGGCCUUUAACCAAUCUGGCAAAUAUUUUCAGAAUCUCUGUAAUUACUGAGCUGUAGCCAGGAGUAAUGUCAGUAGGGACUGGCAUAAAACUGAUGUAGCGUUAAGGUUCAGACCAAGUCUACUGCUGGAAAACUGGAAUUUGAGGAAGAGCAUGAGGUCAGGUCCCUUAGGGAGAAGCUAGGAGUGGAGGCAUGUAAGUAGAUGAGGUAUCUUAGUGGCAUUGUAAAUGAUUUUUUAAAAACACAUGAUGUAAAAACUUAGAAUUACUUGAAGAGAACAUCUCAAUUGUUUUCUUAAGGAUUUUAAUGUGGAAUAUAUGAGGAUCUUAGAUCAUGUAUAAACAUUGCUAUAUCAGUUUCAAUACAAAGAAGAAAUAUAACAAAUGUCAAAUAACAAAUAUCAUCUUCCUGAGUUUGUGCUCAAAUAUAAGGUCUUGAAUGUAAGUUAGAGUCUGUAAAAUUUAGACUGUAAGCUUCAUGAAGAAGUAACAAGUACUUCUACUGUUUAGGGACCUUCUGUUAACCCCUAUAUACCAGAUGUCUAGAAUGCCUGGCAAAGAGUAGGCACUCAUUGUUAAUUGGCUGAGUCUCAUCCAAUAAGCAAUCUGGUCUUGCUCAACUGAGAUCUAAAGUAGGAUCAGAAAGGACCAAACUGUUUCCAAGUAACUUUAAUGUAUCUCAAAACAAACCUCAAGAAUAUUUAUAGGAGUGCAAACACAUUAAUUAACAAUGUUUGUCAUCCAACCAAAAAUUACCAAGCAUGCAUAAAAGCCAGAAAGUGUGACCAAUAUUGAGAAAAACCAAUCAGAAGUGACCGGAAACUGACGAUGCUAGAUUGAGCAAACAAGGACAGUAUGAUAACUGUAUAAACAGUUAUAACUGUAUUCCAUUGGAUCAAAAAGGCAGAGAAGUGAUUAACAUGUUAAUUAUAACAAUGUGUAAUGGGGUUUAAAAAAUAUUUUAUAUGUUACAUGUUCAUAUUUUAUAAGCCCUCCCAUAAUAUUGUUUCUUCAUUCACUAUCUUGAGAAGAGAGUGGAGGGCAGUUUGAGAGAUUUCCAUCUGGCGUUCCUCACAAUGAUACCUCUUACCCCAUUGGCUGAGAACUCAAGGCUUUUCUCUUUUUAAUAAAAGCUUUUAUUAGCUUUUGUUCUCUU